AUGGAGGGUCUCGAUAUAAACACCAUACCCAACACGUUGCUAGGCCGUAUACUGCUACAGAUCCCCAACCUGUCAUCGCAUGAGAAUCUCGAUUUGAUUGGCAUAUUACAAACAGCAUUACAGCAAUUUGGGCAGACGGAUAAGCUGGACGCGUUUCUAGAUUACUGCCAGACAUUGAGCAAUCCAGAAACCCCUUGGAAAUGGGAGACUUACACCAUCACUAACAACGAUGAUUGGGAAAUUGCAAACUAUAAAAAAUCACAAGAACUCGCUGGUAUUCGAUUCUUGCUCGCUUCAGACACUGCUAGACAAGAUGCUGAAUUGACACGCUAUUCUAAAAGCAUGCUGUAUGAUCCAAAAUGCAUCCAUUUCUUUCAGGGCAGACCAGUACACGUCAAUGAUCUAUUGCAAGACACAUUAAGCUACUUGCAACGAGAAAACGGACAUAUUGAUCCUAUAGUGGAAGCAUUGAUCAGGCUACGGUUAGACAAGUACGACCAGGACAAGUCGACAUUUGAGCGACAGACAAGUGAGUUGGACGCUACAGACUACCAUUUAUUGGGUGCAUUGAUGGUGAGAUAUGAUAGCAUUGCAAGUCGAGGCAGUGCCCCGAGAUCUUGGUGCCUUUAUCUAAGAGACUAUGUGGAGAACGCUGAUGGAACUGUAUGGCGCAUCUUGUUAGAGGACGGUGAAACGCGAGUGACCUCAGAUCAAGCACUUGCAGACAUACGCGGUGCACUAGAGAGCGAAACGUUUCCCUCAGAAUUCUCAAAAGACUAUCGACCCGUGUACCUAUUUUACGGUAACUUGGAUAUAUCACAGCCACCACAGCAACCACAAAAAGGAGGAGGAGAAGCAGCCCAAGAUGGAAGCCAUGUCAUCACAUUAGACGACUAUACAUUUGACGAUGACUAUGAUCAACUACUGCAACAGGAGCCACAGCAAGACAUCCCUCAUGAGGAGGAGGAAUUAUGUAAACAUUGCGGUAUAAAGGACAUCAUCGAUGACAUCAAUGACAUGUUCUUUUGCGAGCUAUGCAAUCAAGGUGUUCAUCAGUUAUGUGAGGACCCUCCUAUCCAACAAUUUGAAAAGAACGUGGAUCCUUGGUGGUGUCGUGCCUGCUCUAAAGCUCAAAAUAUACCAAUUCCUACAGCAGAGUCUGUCGCCAGAAUGCAGCUUGAAGAUGCACCCAUCAACGAUGAAAAUGUGCUUAAAAGAAAGAGAGAGGACGAGGCCGAGGUCGAGAAUCGUCCAGCAACUGACGGUGAUAGUUUCAUGGCGAAAAAGGCAUCUUGA